AUGCUUGAGGCCGUGAACCGGGAGUUUCAAAGCUACGGUUUGCAGCUCGAAGGGGCAGCAGGAGAUCUGCUGUCUACAUCUGGGGUUUGGCAAAGCAACAUUCAACGUGAUAUGAUGAGGAGGUGCAAAGUCUCCCAGGUCCCACUUACAAAGCUCGAGGUCCCUGUGAUGGUGAAGGUUAAGAUGACAAAGAAGAAGCUUCCGGUUGUGCUGCCACAUCAGUUGCUACCAUGGUUGGUGGAGAAUGGCUUUCUGCCAGUGGAUGAUGAUGCAUGCCAUGAAGUUGCCAGUUACUGGUCUCAUGCACGAAGUGUGGGACUGGCUGCAUCCGGGCAAACGGAUGCUCACAUCCCCUUGUACCUUUGGGGUGAUGAUGCCCAGUUCACGCAGACGCACCAGGACAAGCUGGUGGCUGUGGCAUUCGGGCGGGUUUUGGAGACCUGCAAGAAUGCACUACGGACUGUGUGGCCUCUGUUCCUUUACCAGCAGGCCUACAGUGUUGGGCCUGGCACCCUCAACACCUUCAUGGACGAGGUUGUUAAGUCGUUCAACAUCCUCUACGAGGAGGGUGUCAUGGUGAAAACCCCUUCCGGAGAGCGCAAGCGUUUAUAUGCAGCUGUAGUGCAGUAUCAAGGCGACUGGAAGUGGCACAAG